UAUCCUGGUUCGUACAUCCGACUUUUAUACAUAAAUCGAACAACUCGUCUUGUCUCUGUCUCAUUGCUUGUGGACUGGUAGUGACAUUGCACAAUGUUCCUGUAUUUGACACUGUGCGCGCUCGCGGUGAUCGGUGCUCAAGCAAGCGACCAGAGGCCGUUCGGAAGUGUGGAGUACGAACAGCCAACGGCUAAGGUGGAACCGUUAAGUGGUGACAACAUCCUCAACGAGGCGGACCACACCAAAUAUCAAGACUGCGAUGAAAUCCUGGCUUCCGGUUCCUACAAGAAGGCUGGGGCGUACCGGAUUUACCUGAACCAGUCGGAACCCAUCGUGGUGUUCUGCGCAUUCGAAUUAGGAGCAACCAGCUACGUCAUUUCGAUUCAAAAGUACGGCAGGGUGAGUUUUGUACAGAACUACUACAACUAUGAGUGGGGCUUCGGUAACAUUGGAGGAGGUGACGGUUGGCUCGGUCUACGGAACAUCAAGGCUCUAACAGACGCCGGUAACAACGUGCUCACAGUUACCAUGCAGGACUGCAACAACGUGAUUCGAACACUCGCCUGGAACCACUUCUCGCUUGGAUCGCCUGCCUCGCGCUACACUCUUUACGUCAACAGCUUCGCUUCCGGUCACGUGCUCCCUGACGACUUGUCCCACAACAACGGCAUGCCUUUCUCGACUAUCGAUAGACAGGAUGUAAACAACUGCGCAGUUCAGAUGCGCGCCGGUUGGUGGUACAAUUACUGCACGUACACGCUACCCACUGGGAAAUACUACCCCCUAUGCGGUCCCUACACUCCACCCGGUGGGUUCUAUGAUGGUAUGUUCUACAAGGACUGGCGCGGUUUCGGGUACUCCCUUCGGUUCUUCCGCAUGGCGCUAUCCCGUUACUAGGAGACGAUCCAUCUGCGACCCAUCUGCGCCAUAUCGGCUGUAAUUGAACUUCUAUCCCUCUAAACUGUUGAAGAUGAUAUUUUCUUUUUCUGUUUCAUAAGUUGACAAAAUAAAUAUCCUUGGAACCAUAA